AAAAAAAAAAAAAAAAAAGUUGCAGUACAAAUAAGCUAUCUUUAGCUUAUUGUCUCUUGGAUUUCUUUUUUGUUCAAAAGUUUAGGCUUUUUUGGUUCUAUCAAGAAUCAAACAUGGCAAAUCGCUGGUGGGCUGGAAAUGUUGCCAUGAGAGGUGUAGAUCCGGUAUCUCCAUCUUCAUCUCUUCACUUGAGAAAUCUUGAAGAUGACAGCACUCCUCCCGGUCUGAACCGGUUGGGUCCAAGAAGAGAACAGGAUUUCACUGACACCAACACCAGUAGCCCUAAAACAACCACCACCGCCACACCACCCAGUACUCAAAACCAAGAGGAACAUGAAGAUAGCAGAGACAACACCAACAACCAAGAAUCUGGCGACCACACUGCUCUCGAAACCAUUGAACCAGGCAGUGGUAGCACAUCUCGCAGGCCUAGAGGCCGACCUGCUGGUUCAAAGAACAAACCAAAACCUCCCAUUGUCAUCACCAAAGAAAGCCCUAAUUCUCUCCACAGCCAUGUCAUGGAAAUCAGCUCCGGCAGUGACAUCGUGGAGAGCAUUGCCACUUUCUCUCAUCGCCGCCAUCGAGGUGUUUCUAUCCUUAGCGGCAGUGGUAUUGUGAACAAUGUUACUCUCAGGCAGCCCGCAGCACCCGGUGGGGUUAUCACUCUUCAUGGAAGAUUCGAGAUUUUGUCACUGUCGGGUUCGUUUCUCCCUGCCCCAUCGCCUCCAGGAGCAACGGGGCUGACUGUUUAUUUGGCAGGCGGACAAGGACAGGUGGUGGGAGGUACUGUGAUGGGGGAGCUGAUAGCAGCAGGGCCGGUGAUGGUGAUUGCAGCAACGUUCAGUAAUGCGACUUAUGAAAGGUUGCCACUUGAGGAGCAAGAGCAAGAAGGGAUGCAAUUGCAACAGCAAGUGAAUUCACCAGGGACUAAUAAUGGCAAUGCUGCUGCAGGUGGUGGUGCCAGUAGCGGUGGCGGUAAUAAUUCAGCGACUCAAUCUUCUCAGGGUUUAGGUGAGCAUGUUUCAAUCCCUGGGUACAAUUUGCCUCCUAAUUUGUUACCCAAUGGACAAGUGCCACAUGAUAUGUUUUGGUGUCCCCCUCCCCGCCCUCCCCCCUCUUACUAAGAAUGUGCUUGAGAGAAAGAGAAGAGUUGUUAGUUUGGAUUAGCUGACUCACGUGCAAAAUACUUUAGACAGUUUCAUGUAAGCACAGCGAAGAAGGUAGGACAUUUUGGAUUAGUUUUUGUGUAAACUAGCUGGUUCUAAUCGUCAGGUUUUGCGAUGUUGUUGAAACGCGUUGAUGUAAUGAUCUGUUUGCUUUUCUCUAAUCAUCCUUUUGUGGAAGAAUAUUUUAUUUUUUGAUGAUGUAGGGAGAGAAGAAAUAUACCAGUCAGGAACUGGGAUUGGUGCUAAUUAAUGGAAAUUUGUGGAUGAGAUCUUGGAACCU